CAUGGCCUCCAUGACGGAGCGACCGCUUCAACUUUAAUUUUUUUCGCCAGUUUUUCAGCUCUAAAACCUGCUUUUUCGCCUCCACUUCUUCCCGGGAAAUGUUUGUUGUGAUCGUGUCGAUAUGGCAAACUCGUGACCCGAGGUUUUCUCCCGGGAAGAGAGUUUAAACUGAUCGGUUUUAAGUUGAAGCUGCAAAGCUGGAGAGGAAAAAGAGAAUUGCAUCAAAUCAAAUGCCGUCUGAGGCUCCUCCCCAGGAGCCUCGGGACCGCGGCCCGUUGCCCCCCGUCACGCGGGCCGGACGCAGCGCUCAGCUGGCCAAAGAAGCCGCCACAAGCCCCGCCUUCGAGAGGCGCUCCAGGGGCCGACCUCGCAAAGAUGGCCCCCCGACGCCCCCACCUCCAACACCUACACCUCCCAAAGCCAGGAAGGGGCGGAGUCGAGGUCGAGCCCAGGUAGAUGAUGAAGAGAGUAUGGACGCCACGGAGAAAACCCCCCCCCAGAAGACAGAGGUGAAGGAGAAGACAACAGGACGUCGUCGCUCCACCUCCAGGAGGAAGUCCAACACAAACCCAGAACCUGAUCCAGAACCAGAGCCAGAGCCGGACCCUGAACUCGAGACCCUUCCCCUGACCCCUCUCCCAGCGCCGGCUGCCCCCAGUCCUGCUCCAGCUUCCAGUCCAGAGAAGGAGCCUCCCGUCAGACCCUCUUCCCCAGACCUGAUCCCAGUCCAGAGCCCUGGUCCUGGUCCUGGGGAGGAAGAGGAGGAGGAGGAGGAGGUCCAGCCAAUCCUUAGCCCCGCCCCCAUGGAUCAGAGCCCCGCCCCCUCCAGUCCUCCAGCCUCCCCCUGCCCCCCCCUGGAGGACGAGGACUCUCUCUCUCCCCUCUUCCAGCUGUCGGACGAAGGGGGAUCGCCCACCCCCAGUUUGGGACACACCAAAAAACGGUUGAAGCAGUGUGCCUUCUGUUCCCUGGGCUCCGCCCCCCCCCUGGGCCUCGGCCCCCUGGUGGUGUUCGGCCCCACGCCGGGUUACAUCCCGCUGCACAUCCUCAACAGCCGCUCGCCCCCCCGAUCGAGACAACGACUGCCACGACCACUGUUACCACGGAGACCAGGCCCCGCCCCCGUGCAGCAGUCCAGAACAGUGUGAGUCUUCCUCAGAGUUCCUGGAUCAGUUAGGACCCGUCGGCCUUCCUCACGACAUCAACGUCCAAUCACUGUUCGACCCCACAGGUCAGUGCUGUGCUCACCUGCAGUGUGCAGCCUGGUCAGAGGG